AUGUUCUUCUUUCUCGUCUCCUUCCUCCUCGCCUUCGCCGCCUACGGCACCCUCGCCGCCGCCGUCAUCGACGCGCUGAUGGGGAUCUGCGACCUCCGCAAGGGGGUCGAGUUCUCCUGCCUGGCCGUCUGCGUCGGUCGGCUUCUUCUCUGGGCCUUCGGCAUGGCGAUGGACUGUCCGAUGUUCUACGAUGAUAUGAGCAUCGCGACGAUCUUCACCUCUCUGACCGUUGUGUUCGUCGUCUUCUGCGUCCUCGUGUGGCGUUACUCGAGACGCCCAGUCACCGCGCUCGUCCUCCUCACCACCCGCCUCGUCACCCGGUCCCUCUCCCGCGACACGGCGCAGCGGCGCGACGACACCAACGGCCCCCCCAUCGACAAUCAGCACCGUGGUGAAGACGGCGAGUUGAAAGAUCUGGAGCAACCAAAGGCACCAGCCAAGGUUGGAGCUGAGGCCGCGGUCAAGGUGGAUCUUAUCCGAAAAGUCACUCAUGCCAAAGAUGAAGGCCGCGUUCAGCGCCUGAUUCUGCAGCAGCCAGGAUUUGAUCGUCCCACACCUACCCGUGUUGAGGAGCGCAGCUCGCUUGACUUCCUACAUACUGUCGAAGGACGGUGGACUAGGGAGGCAAUGCCGACUGAAAAAGCGACUCCCGCCUCUGAUGCGCAGCAGGACCUGGAGGCAAGGCCAGCGCGUAUUCAAGCUCAAGCUCAUGGAACGGCAGCUGUUGUGGUCGCAGCUCAGCCGGGUCCAGUCCCUCAUGCUGUCGAAGUGCAGACGACGGUGACAGAGCUCUCCCCACAGACUUCUUCUCCCGCGCUUCCUGCAUACCUCCUGGCCUGUCCGAGUUCGUCUCGUAAGCCGCGGUCUCGUCCUGCAGCCGACUCCGUUCACGGAAGUCGUGUCUGCAAACCGCAACAGGCCAGCAGCACACGUCACUCUUGCGAACGUUGUGCAUCUCACACAGAGGUUGCAGCUCCUCCAGCAGACCCGGUCGGCCCACCGAUCAUCCCUCUGGCACCUUCUCCAGCCGCCUUCGCUCUCGACGCGAACGGUGGCGAUCCCAUGGAGUUGGAACCGGAUGCGGAUCCAGAGGUGAUGCCUGGCACCCCGAUCAUCCCCCUGGCGCCUCCUCCAGCCGCCUCCGCUCUCGACGCGGACGGUGGCGAUCCCAUGGAGUGGGAACCAGUUGUGGAUCCAGAGGCGGUGCCUCUGAUUGCAUUCUCCCGUCUCAGUCUGGGCACACCCGGCCCACCAGCAUCGAGGGGCAUCAUCCGAGCAUCACGUCGUGAUGGCCAAGCAGCAGCAUUCUUCGCUGCUCUGGAUGAUGGCACCCCAGCGAGCUCGAUGCGUUAUGGGUACCGGGUCCCUGCAGCCGCCAGUCAAGUUCUCCCGGCUCCAGCAGCAGCACCAUCAUCAUCAUCAACCGCGCAGCUUCUUACGGCGCAAGCUCCGGUCCUUCCUCACCUCCCCCGAAAAGACGCCGUCCUUCCUCGACCACCCCCUCAGUCGCUGCCGCAGCCUCUGUUCCAAGCUGCCGACCAGUUACAGGGGUUCCAGCAGGCUGCUGUGCCUCCUCCAGCACCUGCACCAGCACCAGCACCUGCACCAGUCCAGCUCCCGGCCCCGGCUUCGCGCGAAGCAAAACGUCUCCGCCUUCGUCUCGCACGCUCUCGCUCCCUCAUGCCUGCAAGACGUUUUGCUCCGUGCGUCGCCCGGCGAUCUCAGCCGCCUCAAGCUCCGCUGGUCCAGCUCCCGCUUCCGCCCGCCCUCGCGCCUGACGUCCUCCCAGCUGUGCGCCCGGUACCUGCACCGGUGCUUCAAACCCAGCCUCCGGCACUUCUUUAUGUGCCGCCGGCCCUUGCACCGGCGCCUGAGGUACCGCCAGCUGUCCCUCACCAUGCGCCGCCAGCUCCUGCACCAGCGCCUCAAGUCUUCCCAGCUGUGCAGCAUCAAGGCCCGCUGGCUCCUGCAGCGGCGCCUCCGGCCCAGGGCGGGCAGCCAAUCUUCCUCCGCCGGCGUGCACCACAGGUGCUCCGAGAUGUGCCUCGUCCCCGCAUCUUGGUUCCUCCUCCGCAACGGCCGGUCCCUCAAGCCCAGCCGGCUGCGCCUCCUCAAGAGCCGCUGGCACCUGCAGCGGCUGCUCAAGGCCAGCCAGGCCAGCAGCAUCAUGGUCCGCCGGCUCCUGCAGCGGUACCUGGAGGACAACCAGCCGCGCCUCAUCACGCUCCGCCGGCCCCUGCAGCGCCCUUUCAAGCACCACCAGCCGCACCACCAGCCGCGCCACCUCCACCUCAAGCGGCCCCUCCACCACCCGCUCAGCCAGCCCAGCCAGCCGCGCCUCCAGAGGAAGGAUCCGAAGCCUGGGGUGAGCUCCAACAAAAGCUGUUCAGGGGGCAGGAUUGGCGCAAAGCGAAGAACUACCUGGCACUCAUGAAGUGGGCAGAUCGGAAGGUGCAUCUUCGUCACUGGGCCGAGAGGUCGACUAUUCAGGUCAACAAAGUCCUCAAGCUCGCAUACGAGACUGACACCACCAUCAUCCCGACGGAAGAGCAGCUGGAGGACAUCUUCCGGGCCGGCAAGAUGUGCGAGUUCCUCGCCGAUUUCCUCAACUGGAGGGCUCGUGAGGACGGCUACGUGGCGGCGGAGAAACUACUCGAGUCCAUGCCCGAGGAGGUGGACAUCUUCAUAGAGGAGUUCCUCGCCGACACCAACACGUAUCUGGAGGCCCUUGGCAAGAUCCUCCCAGCCAAGCAGUUCCUCAUCUUAAAGUUCCGGGACGAUACCACGAAGAUGACCACCGCGUGGAAGAGGUACAAUCCCUCACGCGCAGGCCUUGCGGACGUCACUGAGAGCCUUUUGUUGUCUUCGAGGAACUCGCCCGCCGGAUUUUUGCGGACUGCACAAGUGGUUUUUCGGUGGCUUUGGGAGACACGUCCGCCGAACGUCCGCGGGCAGCGCUAG